CUUAUAUAUAAUAAUAUAGAAUUUAAAUUAACUAAGAAAUUACCAUUCUUCCUAAACUAUAGAUUUAAACCUAAAGCCUACCGACUACUAAGGCAAGGGGAAAAUAUUAAAAAAGCUAUAAUUAAGGCAGAAGAUAUAAUUAAAUUAUAUAAUAAACUGCGACGAUAA